AAACAAGUGUAAAAGUACGUUACCAAUUUAUUAAAAAUCAUAAUGAUAAUAAAUCGAAUUUUGAACUGUGCAACGUCCAAAAUAUUUUUAUAUCUUAGUUAUCAAAUUUCAGUUAGUGUUUGUACAGUGCAGGAAAAUCUCAAUUUUUAUGACCUUUUUGAUAAAACAAUACCUGAAACUUCGCUUCAAAAUCCAUUUAAGACUGAAGACGUUAACACGCUUUAUAAAUCAAUCUACAGAGACAACACAGCAAGAUUUUUUAAUAUUGAAGACCCUAAAUCGCAUGAGUUAAAGAAUGAGGUACAUUUUGGUCUAGACAAUACAAAAAUACCCUCUCCACAAAACAGUGCUUUUGAAGAUCUUAUUGACACUAUGUGUUCUGAAACAAAUACGAAUAACCAUGAGUCCCAUGAGUCCCAUGAGUCGAUUCGACAGGAUGUGUACGAUUUCUUGUCGGAAAAUAAAUGGUAUCUACAUGGUGGAAUAGGAGCUUUUGGAGUCAGUGCCAUUACUUUUAUUGUCAUGGUUUAUCGAAAAUGGCGUCAAAAGAAAAUUAAUUCUGAAAACGGCAAUUCCUCGAGUGUGGAAGAUCAAAAUUCUCAAGAUGAACGACUUGUAGUCAAUACAGUAGAAAAUAAACAAGACGAAGAAAGACCACAAGCAGACAACUCCGACGAUACUAUUUUGCUAAUUUCUGUUUAGCAUUCGAAUAUGUAUUGCACAAUGCUGUAUUGUGAUAUUGUGAUUUAACAAAAAAAUAUUUUUUC